AUGCAUAUAAUCCAAACAGGUGGUGGAACAACAAAUCCAAAGAAAGAAGAUCCUCUAGAUUCCAAAAUCAUAUCAUUAAUUAAAACAAGUGCUGUUGGGCUUUUCAACCAUUUUGACAGUGACAGUGUUGCCCCAGAUAGCUUAGAGAGGCAUAAUUUUGCUGAGGUUCAAGUUAUUUUGCCUGAGGAGCCAGAAUUAUGUAAUAAAGAUCUUGAGACUCAACUUAAUGAAAUUCAAAAGACGGAUCGACUCGAACGAAGUAUUAAUGCAGGAUUGGAGUGA